CUUAAUUUAAUCGAAGAAACAAAAAGGCAAUAUCAAAACAAGGGUUUCUUUUCCUUUCGUUUUCUCAACCAUCAUUUGCAUUUGCAUUUGCAUUUCCAUAUUGGUUUCACCACCACCUCUCGCUUCCCCCCACUCUCUUCUUCACUCUCUUCCCCAACCCAAAAGAUUCUUGCAGAUUUUCUUUUUGGAUCUAUCAUUCACCAAUUCAAAAUCCACUAUUCAGAUCUUCGUAUCAAUCUAUUGGCUAACAAAAUACCCAAAACGAAGAAACAAACAUGAGCUCGGCUCCAGUUGUCUCCAGCGCUAAUGGCAACGUCGAUGAAUAUAUUACUCAGCUCAUGCAAUGCAAACCCUUAUCCGAACAAGAGGUUAGGUUGUUAUGUGAGAAAGCAAAGGAGAUUUUAAUGGUGGAAAGCAAUGUACAGCCUGUUAAAAGCCCUGUGACAAUCUGUGGUGAUAUUCAUGGUCAAUUCCAUGAUCUUGCAGAGCUGUUUAGAAUUGGAGGGAAGUGUCCUGAUACAAAUUAUUUAUUCAUGGGAGAUUAUGUUGAUCGUGGUUAUUACUCGGUUGAAACAGUGACAUUAUUGGUUGCCCUAAAAGUCCGAUAUCCACAACGUAUUACUAUUUUAAGAGGAAACCAUGAAAGUCGCCAGAUUACUCAAGUUUAUGGAUUUUAUGAUGAAUGCCUACGAAAAUAUGGAAACGCAAGUGUGUGGAAGACAUUUACAGAUUUGUUCGACUACUUUCCACUCACAGCAUUGGUUGAAUCGGAAAUUUUUUGUCUUCAUGGUGGAUUAUCGCCUUCGAUUGAAACCCUAGAUAACAUAAGAAAUUUCGAUCGUGUACAAGAAGUUCCACAUGAAGGUCCGAUGUGCGAUCUUUUAUGGUCAGAUCCAGAUGACAGAUGUGGGUGGGGGAUUUCUCCACGUGGCGCUGGAUACACAUUUGGCCAAGAUAUAUCUGAGCAAUUUAAUCAUAGCAAUGGGUUAAAGUUAAUUGCGAGAGCACAUCAGCUGGUUAUGGAGGGAUUCAACUGGGGUCAUGAGCAAAAAGUUGUAACAAUUUUUAGUGCACCUAAUUAUUGUUACCGAUGUGGGAACAUGGCUUCUAUUCUUGAAGUAGAUGAUUGCAAAGGUCACACCUUCAUUCAGUUUGAUCCAGCUCCAAGGAGGGGGGAGCCAGAUGUGACACGUAGGACACCAGAUUACUUCCUGUGAGGUGAGCUGACGUGGCAGUGGGACCCUGUCAGCUUUUUUGUGAUAAACUGCUGGAUCAUUUGCAAUUAAUUGUGAAGAAAAAAGCAUGGCAACUCAUUUGGUUUACAAGUAUAGCAUCGUGUAGUGGUUAAUUUUCAAUAAUUUUUUUUUUUUUAAAUUUUUUGCAAUCUCGUAUUUGUAGAAGCAUAAAGUUGUUAAGGGUGGGGGAGGGGGUUAUAUAGAAGAAACACGA